GUGAGGAAGAACCCUAAACAGUCUCCCGACGAAGAAGGUGAAGGCCCUUCGAUUCGGCGCUGGUGAUUCUCCUCUACCCGAGCAUGGGGCCUUCGAUUCGGCGCUGGUGAAGGCCCUCUGUCCAGAAAGCGCGCGAUCGAUCGAUUCCUCGAGGGGAGGGCGAUUUCUUCAGCCUCCUCUGUCCGACGAAGAUCGAGCCCUGUACCACCAUCGCCGAUUCUUUCUUCUCGACAUCUCCUGGAACAUUCGCAGCCUUCAAAUCGUCGACCAUUGAAGGAUUCGAGCAGCCAUUUGAAGAAGAAGGCGCGGAUUUGGGGGAUUUGAGUUUCCCCCAAUUUUUCUAGGGAUUCUCUUCGAUACUUUGUGGUGUCUUUUCUGGAGUGUUGGAAGUAUUUGAAGGGUGACUGGGUGGUUGGGAAGCAAAGAAGGUGCCAGAAAUAGUACACAGGAGUAAAUGGCGUAGCUGCUUCGCUGGUGUUAAAGCUCGAGAUUCUCUGGGAAAAGGUUGAAAAACAGGGACCACGAGAACAGUGUCAAGACUCAUUUACCCUUUUGGAAACUUCAGUAACAGGUAUGAUAUGGGUGAAAUUAGUACGUAUUGGUCAUUUACGUUGUUUGUUGAGAAGUCGUUUUCUUGGUUCGGAUUAUUCAAUUGAGAUGGGAAUCAGUUUUGUGGUCUUCCAGAAGGAAAGUAACUGAGUCAAAUGCUUUGUGGAAUGCUUUACGGAAUAGAUUAUCAGGGGUGGUUAAAGUAUGCUUAAUGUCUCAAAUUCGAUGAAUUUAGGCUACUGUUAAAUGGGGAUUGUUUGGUUAUGCAGGAUGUCGACAUUGGUGGAGUUGAUUGUCCAUCAUGGUGGGAAAAUGGAAUAUUCUGAUGAUGGUAUUCGCUACAUAAAUGGCAAGUCAGAGGCUGUUGACAUGGACAUAGAUUAUGUCUCGUUCUUCCAACUCCAACAAAUUGGAACAGUCCACUUCGAUUAUGCAAGGGUUGAGAGGCUGUGGUACAUGGCACCCUCCGACACUUUGGAUAAUGGUCUAGUUGAAAUACGGUCUGAUAGUGAGGUGAUGGAUGGCUUGCUCCCAGCCAUAGAAGAUGGAAAAAUUGUGAUAUUCAUGGAAGCAAUAGAAACUCAAAUCGGGGACAAUGAAGAACUUGGAGAAGAGUUAUCUGAUGAUGGUGAUUCGGAGGAUGGGGAUAACUCACAAAACCGAGACAUUAUCCAUCUCAUGGAUGAUGAUAUCCGUACUUCUUAUGAUGAGUUCAUUGAUGCAAUGGAGGAGCAAGGAGUCAGACCACGACGAGUUCGUACUCGUGUUGAUCAAACUGGGGAGGAGGUAGAGCAAGAGUCAUUGUUUGUUGAUGGUGACCCACCUGUGGAUGAAGGCAGAGGUAAUAGUGAGACCAUUGUUGCAGAUGACGUUGAUAACGAGGACUUGAGGGACAGGGUUGUGGAAGAUUCAGCCUACCGGGGUUCAAUUGAGUCACGCCACGUGAGGGGGAACAUUGAUGACGAAGACAAAGGUAGCCCUCUAGAAAACGGACCUCGAUAUGACCCUAUGUGUGACCAUUCAACCCUUAAGUUGGUUGUGGGCAUGACAUUUGACAACCCCGAGCAGUUCAAGGAGGCCGUUGAAAACCAUUGCAUUGCCAUUGGAGCUGAUAUGAGAUGGACUAGGAGUGACAAGCAAAAGAAGCGUGCUCAAUGCCGUAACAACUGCGGGUGGUACGUUUAUGGAAGCUGGCAUGAACGUUCUUGCUUUAUGAUCAAGAAUGUAGGAAAGGAUCACACAUGUCCUAGGUCUGUGAGAAUGAAGGUUGCAAAUGCUGUUUGGGCUGCUAAAAAGUAUCUCGACAGAUUCAGAAGGGAGCCAAAUUGGAAGGUAAAGAACAUGAUGGUUGAAAUAAGGCAAGCACACAACGUUCAGAUAUCCAGGAGGCAAUGCUAUAGGGCUCGGAUUUAUGCGAAGAGGAUGUUGGGUGGCUCAUUGGUUGAAGAGUACAAUAAGGUCAGGUCCUAUAUGGCAGAAAUGAAGAGGAAAGAUCCUGCUGGAACCUUCAUACUUGAGGUUGACCCAAGUUCUAUUCCUGAACGUGUGCUUUUCAAGAGGCUGUAUGUAGGGUUCAGUGGAUUAAGUAGGGGUUUUACUAGGGGCUGUCGUCCUAUGUUCGCUUUGGAUGGGUGUUUCCUUAAGGGGGAAGUAACUGGGAUGUUGUUGAGUGCAAUUGGGAAAGAUGGUGACAAUCGGAUGUUCCCUAUUGCGUGGGCUGUUGUAGAAGGAGAGAACAGUGAUUCGUGGAAGUGGUUCGUGUCAAUACUUCAACAAGACCUUUGGACCACUGAUGGUCGUGGAUGGACUGUCAUAUCUGAUCAACAGAAGGGACUAGUGCAAGCAAUAAGCACUUGCUUACCUGAAGCUUCACAAAGGAAAUGUGCAAGACAUGUUUUUGCCAACUGGAAGGUCAAUCAUCGAGUUAAGGAGCAUCGGGACCUCUUCUGGGCAGCAGUAUAUGCCACGAAUAUUCCUGAAUAUAAUGCUCAUUUGAAGAAGAUGAAAUACAUUCAGACUAGUGGGGUUGAUCCUAGCUUGCAUAAGGAUUUUCUGGACCAAGAACCACACACAUUCUACAGAGCUUUCAUGAGCCACAUACCAAGGUGUGACUCGGUAGAGAGCAACAUAUGUGAAACAUUUAACGGUUAUAUCCUUGAGGAAAGGGAGGACAGAAUUAUCGACAUGCUAGAGGGAAUUCGUCGGAAGUUGAUGGUUAGGUUUGUCGACAAAAUGAAGAACAUUGAACGAGUUGAUAGUGUUUUCUGUCCUAGGAUUGAAAAGAAGCUCAAGAUUGGGACAGAUUUGGCAAAGAUGUGUGUUGUUAGUCCCGGUUUGGGGGAGAAGUUCGAGGUUGCAGAAGGUAGAAAGGGUUAUGUGGUAGACUUUGAAGACAAAUCUUGUACAUGUGGUUAUUGGGGGUUGACUGGUAUACCAUGUCACCACUCAAUUGCAUGUUUUCAAUACAGGAGGUUGGAACCAGAGAUGUUUGUCACCCAAUAUUAUAAGGUCGAGGUGUAUAAGAUGGCCUACAGACAUGGCAUUCCUACUUUGGAAGGCCAGCAGGCAUGGCCAGAAGCUGAAGGGUAUCAACCACCUGCCACGCAACCUUCACAACCUCGGCAGUAGUUUAGAUAGCAGUAGAAUGUGUUUUUGUAUAGUAGCCUACCUCUAGCAUAUCUGUGGUAUUCGUUUUAAGAUGUGACAUUGAAGUUGGAUCCACCUUUUGUGGUAGGUUACCUGUAGAUCCAUGGAAAUGGUGUAUAUUUCCUAAACAUUGGAUCGACAUUUUAGGUACCUUAAGGGAUGACAUUUCAGGUACCUUGGUAAUGAUAUGUUUUUGUGAAUGUGAAAGCAGCUGUUUUGUCAAUUGAUGUUGUCUGCAUUUUGGUUACAUAAGUAUUACACACAAACUGGUAUAGCCAUUAGAUUAGUAACAUAUUCAAGGUUCGCACAACUUAUAAGAUCCACGAAAACAGGAGAACUGCUUACAACAAUAACAGAUUAGAACAUGC